AUGGAUUUAUUCAAGCUAUUACAGUCUACUAUAUGUUUGAUAAUGAUGUUCAUCAUAUCGGUUGAACCAACGGUUCUUGUUCAUUUUGAUCAAGUUCCCGAGUCUCAAUCGAAGUCGUCGUCUAUCGCUGUUUUUCGUUACUCCAUUGUAGGACUAAACGGUUCUCAAAUUUGCCAAAGAAGGCAUUGGUGUUCCAUCAGCUGCCAGAUUGAUGAUCAAAUACUAAAGCAUUGUCCGAACGAUCAUAUAAUAUUAAGGAAUUUAAGCGUUAAUCGCAGUCACAACUUCCGAGUUAGUGUUACAACAUUAGAUGGAGAUAGAAACUCAUCAGCUUACAAAUGGUUCAUUGAUACAAUUCCGCCCACUGCUUCCAUUACUAGCGAGACGAGUUACACAAACGCUAUGAGAGUAUCUAUUGACAUUACAUUCAGUGAAGCUUGCACAAAAGGAGGUGGUUUCAAGUGUAUAAACGCAUCCAGCUGUGAUGCAAGUCUCGCCGUCUAUCUACAGAUUUUUCGAUUUGUCUUGAUUAAUGGCCCUGCUGAAGUAAAUGCGUCUACACUAAAAAUGGUUGAACAAGAUAUCAAGUACAGAAUUGUGGUGGAAUUUUCAGCGUCAGGUGUAUACGGCCGUGUAGUAGUGAAGAUGGCAGACAUGUUUUGUACUGAUGAGGCAGGAAAUCAAUUUAGAAGGACAAAUGAAUCCGUGCUAAUUUUGCAUUUCGAUAGAAGGCCGGUAGACAUGGGUUUAUGGACGACAAUUCCAUCCUAUGAAUUGAAGAUAGGGGAGGUUCCAAGAACUGUCCUUGCUACUAACAAAUUGGAAGACUUGGAAUUUUACUUGGACUUCAGCAGUCCUGUAGUUAACUUGACAGACGACAUCCAGAGUGUUUUACAUGCAAAUUUUGGUAGCUUGGCAUUAUUGUGA